AACAAUCAAAAACAAAAAUCACAACAAAAAUUCAAUAAUAAUCAAAUGGCAGACAACAAGCAGAGUUUCCAAGCUGGUCAGGCCGCUGGUCGUGCUGAGGAGAAAGGUAAUGUGUUGAUGGACAAGGUCAAGGAUGCUGCUUGCGCAGCUGGAGCGUCUGCACAAACCGCGGGACAGAAGAUAACAGAGGCAGCAGGGGGAGCUGUUAAUAUUGUGAAGGAGAAGACCGGCAUGAACAAGUAGCCGAUUGGAAAUAACUAUGGGAGUUAUGAAAAUGUUGUGGUUUUAAAUAAAUUUGGGGGUUCUAAUUGAUUCUCAUCUUCAUUGUAGUAGUUGUUGUUGUUUAGUGUCUGGAUUUACCGUAUUCUCCCUUUAGGUGUAUGUUUGGAUGUUUAUGUAUUUAGUUUCCCGUUAAUGAAUAUCUGAUCCAAGUCCAACAAUUUAUCCUAUUAUUCAUGCACUUGCAAGAUUCACAAGACCUACUUUCAUAUAUUUCUUAAGUUUCUGUUUUCUGGUUAAAUCGAAUCAUAAUUCUGUAAAAUACAAGUUAAACCCAUUGUGGCAUC